AUGGUUGAGAGUGGGAGGAGUGGGGAGAGAAGCGACCAGCCCUGGGGUGAGCGGGAGGAGCCCGAGAUGCUGCCCGCCCUCCCCUGGCCGCGCUCGCUCAGCCGCCACCGCCGCCGCUGGGAGCCCACGGGGCCCAGGGCCCGGCGCCAGCAGAGCGCGCUUGAGGCACAGCCUGCGGACCUGCUGAAGUUCGCCCUGCUGCACUUCAGGCGCCUGCAGCAGGAGAACCAGGGCAAAGGCGCUGAGGACUUUGGCCAUGAGGGCGGGACCUGGGGGGACGCCGGCACCGCCGCCUGGAGCGGCACCCCCAGUAAGGGGGUCAACUUCGCGGAGGAGUCCAAGCACACUGACUCUGAAAACGGGGAGGAGGAGGAAGAAGAAGAAGAUGCUGCGGUGGAAGCCAGGGCGUUCAAGGCACUGCGUGGGAGGAGGGAGGCGGCUGCCAGACCCAAGCACUGCUCCGCCGCCUGGCACUUGGAGCCCUUACCACAUGACCUCACAGAUGUUUUGCCCUACCCACCUCCCCCUUUCCGACGCGUGAACCCCUUGCCCUCUGCCCCUCCGGCCGCAUCCACCUGGGAUCGGACCCGGGUUGGGGGAGGGGUCGGACGAGGUCUGCCUCCCCGCGCCGCAGGCUCCCACUCCCUGAGGUAUUUGUUCACUGUGGUGUCCCGGCCUGGCCGCGGGGAGCCCCGGUAUUUGGAACGCAGCUACGUGGACGACACGCAGUUCGCGCAGUUUGACAGCGACUCUGCCAGUCUGAAGAUGGAGCCGCGGGCACGGUGGGUGGAGCAGGAGGGGCUGGAGUAUUGGGACCGGCAGACCCGGGACCCAGGACGUGCACACAGACAUUCUGAGGGAGGCUGGGAGAAGUGGGCGGCUACUACAACCAGAGCGAGGCCGGUGAGCAACAGGGGCAGGAGACAGAUCAUGACCCCCAUCCCCAGGGACGGCCGGACGGACGGCCGGGGUAGCUCCAAGUCUCCGUGUCGGAGCAAAAUCCCGAGGCUGCGGGACACCGCCAUGCCCCCAGCGGGGAAGAACCCUGGGGACUCUACUGGGUUUGGUUUUCAGUUUAGGUUUUAAUGACAAUAGGUCCUGGUGGGCCGGGGUCAGGGUUUC